AUGCUAAAUAAGGUUUAAACUAAAUAAGUUACCUAAGAAUCAUAGAAACUAUAAACAAUACCAGAAGCUAUGCAAAAUCUUAACGUUAGAUUCUCUGUUUCUGGAAGUCAUUAUCAAACAAAAUCAAUUUUGGCUCUAGUUUGUGAAUUGGUUCUAUGCGAAAAUGAUAUUGAGCUAGUGUAUUAAUGCUUGCUAGAAUUACAAAAAUUAAUUAUGAUGGCUAUGUUGCUUUGGAUUAAUAUUAAAAACAAGAUUUAAAGUAAUAAAUUAUAUUACACAAACCUCUGGGAUUACUCCUUAAAUAAUUAAAGGUAAACCAGAUUAUAGUGAC